AUCAUGAAGUGACAAAUCUUAAGAAAAUACCUUGAAUGUCUUCGCUCUCUCUUCUUGCUAUUUCCUCCCUCUUUCCUUUCCUGCAGCAUAUUCUUAUUGAUAGUAUUGUCUUUGCCCUCCUCAUAGCUGUAGCUAUAUAUAUGCAUUGCACAGCGCCUGAGUCCUGAAAAUUCAGAAAGAUUAUUUGCUCUACUACUUCCAAGCCUUUUUAUCUUCAUCAACAAUGGACUCAACGUGGGUGAACACUUCUCUCGGCCUUAAUCUUGUUCCGUUAUGCAGUGCCGAUGAUCAUCAAGCUCCUGCCACUAUGCAACACGAGCUUGAACGGGAUUAUGCUCAAUUCCAAGGGAAUAACGCAUUGGUGAAAGAAGAGCAGGUAGCUAGUCAUCAUGAUGUGUGGGCUGAAGAGUUGAAUAGGAUAAGUGUGGAGAACAAGAAGCUGACUGAGACGCUAACUGCCCUCUGCGAGAAUUACAACUCUUUGCAAUCCCAUCUGAGAGAAUUGAUGAUCACCAAGCAGCAGCAAAACAACUCAUCUGAUAUUUAUAGGAAGCGAAAGGCAGGCAGUGAAGACUACAACAACGUGAUUGGAUUAAUUAGUCCCGGGACUAAUACUGACACCAGCUCCAUCAGUGAUGAUCAAGAGUACUCAUGCAAGAGGCCAAAGGAGCACACCAACUUAAAGAUUUCUAGGGUAUAUGUUCGCACCGAUGCAUCCGAUACACGCCUGAUUGUGAAGGAUGGAUACCAAUGGAGAAAAUAUGGUCAGAAGGUCACAAGAGAUAACCCGUCACCUAGGGCUUACUACAAGUGUUCCUUUGCCCCAAGUUGCCCUGUUAAAAAGAAGGUGCAAAAAAGUGCUGAAAAUCCAUGCGUACUGGUAGCUACAUAUGAAGGAGAACACAACCACAUGCACCCUGAAAGCCGAGCUGAAAUUACACUAAUAGCCCCAGUAUCUCCAAAUCAGAACCAGCAGCUUAUUACUAGUACUCCACUUUCCGUUUCACCAUCCAUGGCAAAGAGAUCUGCACCUCCAACUUUUUCAUGUGACAUUAACCGGAUAAGUCCCAAUACUACUAUGUGCCCCCAAGAAACUGAAGCUGCGGCGUUCCAACAGUUUUUGAUACAACAAAUGGCUUCUUCCUUGACCAAAGAUCCCAAUUUCACAUCUGCUCUUGCUGCUGCCAUUUCAGGAAGAAUUUCAGACCACUCAUGAUCCGAAAAUGGUGAAAAGUGAAAAACCCUAAUUAGAGUUACCUUGUUAUCACUUGGGGAGAGAGAGAGAGAGAGAGUCAUGUGGUUUCCCCCUUUUAUUUUUUAUUUACAUCACAUAUUAUUUGAGAGUUUUAAUUAAAGUGUAAGGAUGUAAAUAGUUACCAAUUAUUCACUCACAUGUAUGCAAUUAGUAUGAGAAUCUGAAGAGUCAUCGCAUAUCAAGAAGUUAACGAA